AUGCGUCACAAGGGAGACAACAAGCGAGGCGAGGAUCGUGCUAAAUCUUCGUCGAGUCCACAAAUGAAUAGAGCAUGGUUGAGGGCCGAUCGGAUCGAGAUAGCUUCCGCCAUAAGUGGAGACAUCACAAACCGUUCCGCUGAGUAUCCGGUAGCUAGAUUCCCGCCGGCCUCAUCAACGAAGAUCCAUCCCAUUCCACCGAUCUUGUGCUCUUCACUCCAAGCUCCAUCGGGGAAACAGAUGGCCCAGCAGAUCCAUGCGAAGAGUGGUCCUUCUCCUACUCCCGUUGGCGGGAGGCAGAGCCAUGCUUUUGAGGCAGUAAGUGUAGUGGAGAAGCUUUGGAGUUGGAGAGAGUUUAUGGGAGAAGAAAAUGGGGCUAAGUUUCAGACUUCCUUAGCAAAUUCACAGUGGAAAAAUAGGUGUUCUGUUGUUUCCAAUUCACCGCAGUGA